GGGACUAUAUUCCACUAUCUGAACAUACUUGGGCUGUUUGAAGGACAUAUAGAUUCAAUCUCCCCAUCAUCCACUGACCACAUUUAAAGUAUUAUGUGAAGUUCUGGUCGGCCUAUUAUAGGAACGACGUGGAGAGGGUUGCCACAAUGCUGUCUGGAAUAGAGGGAAGGACGGCAAUAAAGCUGGUCAGAAGCUGUGGAUUGUGGGUAUACAAUGCUUUCUGGUUUAUUGAGAAGCACACCUGAAUCAGUAUUUCAAUACUACGUCCAGGGUCGACAUUCAGCAUCCAUUGUGAGGAGUGUAAAUAUCCACAAAUGGCUAAAGAGCAACCUGGGUACAUCAGCAUCCUCGUUCGCAAGAACAGAACAAGUCUUCACAAGGGCUGCUAACUUUGCAGAUCGGCUUGCUAUUGUGGAUGAUCAUGGAAGUUACACAUACAAGGAUCUGUACAGAUGCAGCCAGGGCCUUUCAAGGAAGAUUCAGAGUGCUCUGGGGUGUUCUGAUGGUGACAUCAAGGAGCAGAGGAUAUCAAUCUUGUGUCCCAAUGAUGUUUCUUUCGUCAUUGCACAAUGGGCCUCCUGGAUGAGUGGCGGUGUGGCAGUCCCCCUCUACAGGAAGCAUCCAGUUCCAGAGCUUGAGUAUGUUGUUCAGGACUCUCAGAGCACUUUAAUCAUUGUGGAGGAGGAUUACACGGAACUGAUAACACCAAUUGCUAACAGACUUCAGGUGAAAUGCCUUCCAUUAUUUAAGACCCAACGAUGUGCCCCUGAUCCCAGGCAGUCAUACCGAUGUGCUGAUUUUCCAGUGGCAGAUGCUAACUAUAUUGUCGCAGACUGGAGACCAAGAGGAGCCAUGAUCUUGUACACCAGUGGAACAACAGGGCCGCCCAAAGGAGUCCUCACCACCCACGGCAUUCUGAGGAGUCAGAUAACCGCCCUGGUGAAGCAGUGGGAGUGGAGCAAGGACGAUGUGAUCUUGCACGUGCUACCUCUGCACCACCUGCAUGGAGUCGUCAACAAGCUGCUGUGCCCACUCUGGGUGGGCGCUACCUGUGUGAUGCUGCCAGAAUUCAAUGCUCAGCGGGUAAGUGGGAACAUGGCUAAUGAUGGGGAGGGGAAAAAAUGUUACAGGCAGCAUCUGUGGAGGGAAAUUGACAGAGGAACUGCUGAGUUCCUCCAGCUGUCUGAUUUUGUUUCACAAGAAUUUUUCCUCAAUUGGAGUGCUUGAGUUGAGUUAUCAAGUGAAAUUGGAUAGGCUGCGUCUGUUUUUGGUGGGGCGAAGGAGGCUGCAAGGUGACAUGAUGGAAGUAUAUCAUGUUACCUCUUAGAAUUGUACAUGCCUGCAAUGAGCUACCAGUGGAGGUGGAGGCAUGAACAACGUUUAGUUUAGAGAUAUAGCGUUUUGGCCCACCCUCAAGAAACAUCUGGACAUGUACUUGAAUGAGCAGGGCAUA